AUGUCUCUCAAUCCAUUAUCUGUGAUCUUGAAAGAAAACAAAGUCGAGGGGCCAAAUUAUGUAGACUGGAAACGUAAUUUGGAUAUUGUUCUCAUCGCUGAUGAUUAUAAGUUUCUGCUUGACACUGAUUGUCCCGCUAAACCCGCUGAAAAUGCUACUGAGGAAGAGAAGGCCGUGUAUAAGAAAUGGAUGAAAGGAAAUGAGAUGGCGAAGUGUUACAUUUUGGCUUCUAUGUCAAAUGUGCUUCAACAUCAGUAUCAUUCCUAUGAGUUUGCUUAUGAGAUCACGGAGAACCUUCAAUCCCUCUUUGGGACUCAGAGUCGAUCUGCUAGAUCACUAGCGAUCAGGAGUCUCAUGAAUAAGACUAUGAAGGAGGGCACACCAGUCAGGGACCAUGUUCUUGAGAUGAUGCGCCACCUCAAUCAAAUUGAGGUUUUGGGAGGAUCAAUUGAUUCGGAUUCCCAAGUGGACAUAAUACUCCAGAGUCUUCCAGCAAGCUUUCAGCAGUUCAAAGUAAACUAUGAGAUGACUAAGCAAGACCUCAACUUAGCUGAGCUUCUAACUGAGCUUCAGAACGCUGAAAACAUUUAUGCUCAAGCUAAGCAAGCUAUGUUAGUUGACUGCCCCUCCGGUUUCAAGGUCAAUAGACCAAUAAAAGAUGGGAAGGCGGAGCAAGUCGCCAAAGGGUUGAAGGAAUCAAGGAAACUAAGUGAAGGCGAGAUCACUGUCCAUCUGGGGGAUGCUACUAGAGUGGGAGCGAUUGCAGUGGGAGCUGUUUAUAUUCGCUUCUCUAUUGCAUCAACUGUUACAACUUCUACACCUGUGAUUGUUGAGCCCCGCCGUAGUGGGAGGGUUUCAAAGGAACCAGAAAGGUGGAUUGGUUUGGGAGAGUCUUCUGACUCUGUUUCCGGUCAUCUAGAACCUAACCCUUGGAACUACAAAGAGGCAGUGGAUGAUUUGGAUGGCCUCAACUGGAUUGAGGCAAUGGAUUCUGAAUUACAAUCAAUGGAGGAUAAGGACGUUUACGACCUUGAAAACCUGCCCGAAGGCUGCAUUGCCAUUGGGACCUACGUGGACUGGGAAGUAUGGCAAAUGGAUGUCAAGACCGCUUUCUUGCAUGGCAGUCUUGAGGAAACCAUUUACAUGAAUCAACCCGAGGGCUAUGAGGUUAAGGGCAAGUAG